AUGGAUUCGAGCCUGUCGCUAAAUUGUUCAGCGAUAUGGUAUCAUGAUGAUUUUACCUCUUGUGCAAGGAAAUAUUAUCUUGAUAUUUCCAUUUCCUCCUCAAUUAUAAUCAUUGUCAUAUCUUGCCUUUUAUAUAGUUUUUUUCAUAACGAGUCCUUUACUGAGAAACAAAAUUUCUUCAAUCCCAAGUUAAGCUCAAACUCCAAAAGCGAUAAAGUAGAUGCUGAUAACCACCAUGGACAUCCUCUCUUAGUAUCGUCGUCUUCCUCCUUCUCAUCCUCGUCAAUUAAAUCGACUUCUUCAAAUUACGGUGCAAUCAAUUCCAAUCGUCUUUCUGCUGAUUUGAUCAAAAGAAAACAUUUUGACAUCAAAUUUCUAUCUUUUACUAACGAUGAUGGCGCUCCCCAUGGAGAAUAUAUUGAAAUUCAUAGAAAUUUCAUUGAAAAUUUUAAAGUCUUCUUGGAAUAUUUUCUUAUAUUGAUUGGUUUUAUCACAAACAUAUACUCAUACAAAAAAAAUAUAUCUUCACUUGAAACUUUCCUUGUUUGGCUUAUUUCUCUUUUCUUAUCCUCUUUAAGAUUUUAUUCUUUGAUAAUAUCUAAAAAAAAUAACACCUCUUUUUUAGCUAAAAUCAAUUCAUGGGCUUUACUAAUAACAAUUCACACUGUUCUAUUGGUUCCUACCAGUCUAAAUUUUAGGUCAGUUUUAAUACAUAAUACUUUGAAAAAUCCUCAAAGAUAUUAUUAUUGCUCUCAAUUUCCCAUUAAUUUUUGUCUAUCUGCGUUUUUUUGGACAGAUAAAAUCGGUAAUAACGUUUCAAACUAUCUUUAUAAUCCAAAAAACCAAAAAAAUUACACUCCAACCCCAGAAAGAAUUACUUCUUUAUUCUCUUUAAUAACCUAUUCAUGGUUAAACCCAAUGAUUUCAAUUGCUUCAAAAAAUAAAGACUUGAAAUUAGAUCAGAUUUGGGCGCUAAGAAAUGACGAUUUUUCUUACAUCACUUUAAGAAGAUAUGAGCAUUUCGAAAAAUUCAAAUCAAGAUUAUCUUUUGCUUGGAAACUAAUGAGUUAUUUCGGUUGGGAUUUUGCAUUUCAAGCUUUCUAUAUAACAUUUUAUGCUUUUGGUAUGUUUGUUCCUAGUAUCUUAUUAAAAGUGAUUUUAGAAUUCAUCGAUGAUUCAAAUUAUAUUCCUUUAAACCUUGCCUGGUUUUCUGUUUUCCUUAUGUUUGGUGUUAGAGUUUUAAACUCUUUACUAUUUGGUGUAUCUUUAUUCAUUGGUAGAAGAGUUUGUACUCGAAUGAGAUCAAUUAUCAUCGGCCAAGUCUAUUCAAAAGCUCUUAGAAGAAAACUUUCUGUUGAAAAGUCUAUUCCAAAUGAUGAUUCCAAAUCCAAUAAAUCUUCAAAGGUUUCCAAACAAACACAAAACGCUGAAGAAAAUGGCGAACAAGUUGACAAUGAGAAAAAAAAAGAAAAAGAAUUAGGUGGGAUUAUUAAUUUAAUGGCUGUUGAUGCUUUUCAAGUAUCUGAGCUUUGUGGUUACCUAUUCUAUUUUGUUAGUGGCGUUGUUAUGGUUGUUUUUGCAAUAUAUCUACUAUAUGACCUUCUUGGUUGGUCUUCUUUAGUCGGUUCCACUUUCUUGUUAUUUUUAUUACCAAUCAAUUAUUUACUUUCUAAAAAAAUUGGUGACCUUCAAAAGAACAUGAUGCUAGUUUCGGAUAAAAGAGUUGGAAAAUUAAAUGAAUGUUUUCAAAAUAUCAGAAUUAUCAAAUUUUUUGCUUGGGAACAAAAAUUCAUUGAAUCAAUUAUGGACAUCAGAAUGACGGAAUUGAAAAAACUUAAAAGACAAUAUAUUUUGCAAAUGUUUUCUUCAAUAUUAGGCCACAUAGCUCCAACUAUUGUCACAUUGAUCAGUUUUGCUUGCUAUACUUUGAUCGACGGAAAUGUUUUGACUUCUCCAGUUGCUUUUACAGCUUUAUCUUUUUUCAACUUACUUAGAUUGCCAAUUGAUGAUAUUUCCUACAUGUUAUCUUCUGUCAUGCGUUCAAAAGCUUCUUUGGAUCGUAUUCAAGAUUUUUUUUCUGAACCAGAAACAACUAAAUACGAACAAUUAAUUUGCGAAAGAGAUGCCAAUUCGCCCUUAAUUGGCUUUCAAAAUGCCACUUUUUCCUGGAAUGGUGAAGAAGACCUGGAUGACAAUAAUGAUUUCAAACUAAGAGAUCUAGAUAUCUCAUUUGUCGAAGGUAAGUUGAACGUGAUAAUAGGACCCACUGGUGCUGGUAAAACAUCAACAUUAUUAGCAUUGUUAGGAGAAAUGAAUUUAAUUAGUGGGAAAGUCUUCUUACCUGGUGUUCUUCCAAGAAACGAAAUUCAAAUCGAGCCGAAUACUGGUCUUGCAGAUAAUGUGGCCUAUUGUUCUCAAUCGGCGUGGUUAUUAAACGGAACAAUAAGAGACAAUAUUCUUUUUGAUUCAGAGUUUAAUCAAAAGAGAUAUAAAGAUGUCAUUGAAUCUUGUGGACUUAAACGUGAUCUAGAAAUUUUUGAAGCUGGGGAUCAAACUGAAAUUGGAGAAAAGGGUGUCGUUCUUUCUGGUGGUCAAAAACAAAGGGUUUCAUUGGCCAGAGCACUAUAUUCGUCGUCCAAAAACAUUCUUUUAGACGAUUGUUUAAGUGCAGUUGAUUCCAACACUGCUUUGUGGAUAUAUGAUAAUUGUAUAACAGGCCCAUUGAUGAAAAACAGAACAUGCAUUUUGGUGUCUCAUAAUGUUGCCUUAACUGUCAAGGAUGCUGAACAUGUUAUUGUUAUGGAGAAUGGAAGAGUAAGAGCUCAGGGUUCUCCUGAAAAAUUACUAUUUGAUGGGUUUUUAGGUGAGGAUGAUUUGAUAAAAUCUUCUAUUAUGAACUCUCGUAAUGCAUCUAAUGUUGAUAUAAAGCAAUUAAACUCAAGUGCCAGCAGAUCUGAAAAUCAACUUUCCAAUAGAAAUAUCAAGAAAUUUGAUAAAGAAUUAUUAAAGGCAAAAGUAAAAGAACAGGAAGAGGAAGAAGGAAUUGAAUUAACUAAAGCAGUAAAUAAAACUAAAGGAAAAUUGGUACAAGAAGAAACAAAAAGUACAGGUACAGUCAGCAUUCAAGUUUACAAAUUUUACAUGAAUACAUUUGGACCUUGGUAUGCUUGGGGUUUUGUUUUUUCUUUAUUUAUCUUUUCGCAAGUUGUUUUUAUAAGUCAGUCAUGGUGGUUGCGUAAAUGGUCGUUGAACAAUGAAGCGGAAUUUCCAUACAGUUCUUUUCAUUCUUUUGUUAUUAGUCCAAAUAUUUUUGAAAAAGUUAAUCACAUCAAGGAUAAAUCGUCUGCUAUUAUUUACGGCACCAAGAAUUUUGCCCAAAGUCUUCGUAUUGAGCCAGGUCAUGAUGCAAUUUUCUAUAUUUCAAUUUAUGGAUUGAUUGGUCUUGGAUUCGGGUUAGUUUGUUCUAUUCGUAACCUGUUUCUUUUCUUUUCCGGAUUAAGAGCUUCAAAUAUCAUAUUUAAAAAUGUUUUGGAGAGAAUAAUGAGAGCAAAGUUGAGAUUUUUUGACACUACUCCUAUUGGUCGUAUUAUGAACAGAUUUUCCAAAGAUAUUGAAUCAGUUGAUCAAGAAAUUACAGAAUAUUUUCAAGGCACAUUCGUUUGUAUUAUUAUAACUGUUUCCACAUUAUUUUUAAUUAUAACCAUCACUCCAUUAUUUUUUCUUUUUGCAGUUUUUAUUUCAUUGAUGUUUUAUGCUAUUGGAUAUUUUUAUCUUAGUCUAUCUAGAGAAUUAAAAAGAUAUGAAUCGAUUACUAAAAGUCCAAUUCAUCAAAAUUUUACUGAAACUUUAGUUGGUGUCACAACAAUUAGGGCUUAUGGUGUUGAACAUAAAUUUAUGAAAAAAAAUUUAGAAUAUAUUGAUGAAAAUAAUACACCAUUUUUUUAUUUAUGGGUUGCCAACAGAUGGUUGUGUUUUAGGAUUGAUUUUCUAGGAGCACUUGUUACAUUGUUCUCUGGAUCAUUUGUUUUAUAUUAUAUGGACUCGCUUGAUGCUGGGUUGGCUGGUAUCUCAUUAUCAUAUGCAAUUUCAUUUGCCGACGCAGCACUUUGGCUUGUUAGAUUAUAUGCAAUGUUAGAAAUGAUAAUGAACUCAGUUGAAAGAUUAAAGGAGUAUAUGGAAGUUGAAGAAGAACCAGAACCACAAUUGUCUCAAGAGUUUGAGCCACCAAAAACUUGGCCCGAAACAGGUAAAAUUGAGAUCAGUAAUCUAUCAUUAAGAUAUGCACCAGACUUGCCAAAAGUUAUUAAAAAUGUAACAUUUGACGUUGAACCAAAUGCUAAAAUUGGCAUCGUUGGGAGGACAGGGGCAGGUAAAUCAACUAUUAUCACUGCAUUGUUUAGAUUUUUAGAUCCCGAUACUGGGACAAUAACCAUUGAUGGGUAUGAAAUUACAAAAAUUGGGUUGAAUACAUUAAGAAAAGCAAUUACAAUCAUCCCUCAGGAUCCUACAUUGUUUAGUGGUACAAUUAAAAGUAAUCUUGACCCAUUUGAACAAUAUUCGGACGCAGAAAUGUUUGAAGCAUUAAUAAGAGUCAAUUUAUUAAGUAGAGAGGAACUAGAAAGCAAUGGAACAAUUGAAAAUGAUGAAUUAAUAAGUAGGACACCAAAUAAUGCUGAAGAAACUGAAAUUGAAGAAAAUAAAAAUAAGUUUUUAAAUUUAGAUAAUAAGAUUGAAGAGGGAGGAAAAAAUUUAUCCCAGGGUCAAAGGCAAUUGGUGUGUUUAGCAAGGUCAAUAUUGAGAACUCCCAAGAUUAUGCUUUUAGACGAAGCGACAGCAUCAAUUGAUUAUAAAUCAGAUCAUAAGAUUCAACAAACCAUUAGAAAUGAAUUUAAAAAUAGCACAAUUUUGACAAUUGCCCAUAGAUUAAGAUCAAUUAUCGAUUAUGACAAAAUAUUAGUUAUGGAUGCAGGUAAAGUUGUAGAAUAUGAUGAGCCUUUCAAGUUGAUUUCUGAUAAAAAUACAAUUUUUUAUCAAAUGUGUGAAAAAAGUGGCGAAUUGGAUGUUUUGAUUAAAUUAGCUAAAGAGUCAUCAUCAAAAAAUGAAGAUAUUUAA